GGAGGAGAAAGAAAGAGACCACGGAAAAAAAUAAAGAAGGAAGAAAGAAAACGGAGUCGAAGAUAAAAGUAGAUGUGUGAGGGGAAGAGAGUUUUUGACAUUUGAGAGAGAAAGAAUCAGGGUUUUAGUUUGCAGACUUUUUUGUGAGUGUUUAAGAAAUCCAACCCUAGAGUUUUGAUUACUGUAAGUUUGAGGAAGGUGUGAGCAUGAUUUCAUGGUUUUGGGUUUCACCUUUGAGAUUUCCGGAGUUGGGGGUAUUUAAAGAGGCUGAGAUUUUUAGCAGAGGUUGAGCUUUAUUUCGGUGAACUCUAUGGCUUUUGUUUAUGUUUAAGAUACGAGGAUGUUGAAAUUGAAAUCAUUAUUGAUGAAGAAAACUGGGAAUGAACAGAAACAACAAAAGAGACAACCACAACAAGUAGGAAAGAGGCAGCCACCACCACCAGAGCUGCAGCAGCCUGAGCCAUCACAGCAGUGGCAACCACAGCCACCAAUACAUUCAGGUGUUUCUGAUCAUGACAUAUCUUCUGAGGUCAAAAACACACGUGGCGUUACAAAGGGGAUAGGAACUCAUGAUAUUGUCACAGCUUCUAAUGAGAGAAUUCUAAUUCAGAUGAAUGAGGAUCAAAAGCUCCCAAAUGGUGUCCAAGCUAAUUCUAGGUCUGUUUCAGAAAUUGGGUCUCGAACACGUUCCUGAGCUCCACUUAAUGUCAAAACCUGGAAGGCAGUUAAACCAGAAGAUAAAGACGAAAUUAAAAACGGGUCGUUGCAUAAGUUUGAUGUCAAUUUGGACGAACCUGCCAUUGCAAAAUUUGUUGAAAAUAAGAUGAACAACACAUUCAGAUCUUGGAAAGGCAAACUGCACAAGCACUUCAAAAAAUAUUCUAAUGACAUUGAUUAUGCAAGGUCUCACCCUCCCAAUGAGAAAUUGUAUGGUGAUAGGGAGAUAAGUGAUUGGGAGUGGCUGUGUGAUUAUUUGUACACUGAUCAAGCGUAUCAGAAGCGUAGUAAGAUCAAUACUAUCAAUAGGAACAAGAAAAAAUAUAAUUAUUGUGGUGGUUCACUUCCUUUCACGAAACACAUGGAAGCCGAAGAACAGAAAGGUAAAAAUGUGACCUAUGUUGAGAAUUGGGGUCUCAUGCAUCAACAUCGAGGCAGCAAUGGUGGUGUUUGGAUCAAUGAAGAAGCAGAGAGGACAGGUAAAAAUCUGAUUGAAGAGUUGAUUAAAACCAAGCAACAAUUGGCUGAGUCUGAGGAUACCCCAUUUGAAGAUGUUGUAGUGCAUAUCCCUAUGAAAUUAGAUAUCUUGGCUAAGGAGCUCGGAACUCUGAAGGGUAAGACCAUUUGAGGUGUGGGCUAUGGUCUUAAAAAGGACAAAUUUUGUUCUUCAAUCCCUGCAUCCACGUCUAACCCAACAAAUGCUCAACUUAUGAGGUACAUUAUUCUUUUGGAAGAACGACUUACUUCUCUUGAGGGUGAGAAACAACCUCAACCUCCUACACAUGAUGUGGAUGAAGAGGGUGGUGAGGAGGGUUAUGAGGAUGAGGAUGAGGAUUUGGAUGUGCUUUAGGUGUUGAUAUCCUCAUUAGUUUUUUGCAAGUUAUAUUUUGGAUGUACAAAUGAAGCCAUGAUAUUUCCACAUGCAUAGAUAUCCCUUAGUUUAGGGCUUUGGCAGGUUUUUGGGUCUUAGAUGUCCUUAUUAGCUUUUUGAAGGAUACAAUUUGGAUGUAAAAAUGAUGCCUUGAAAUUUCAAAUGCAUCCAGCACUUGAUAUGUGAA